ACAUGGAAGGAAUCUAUCACUCAGUUGUCUCCAAAGCCAAUGACUGUAAGCAGCUCAGAUGUGGACCAGAAGAACAUGAGAAAACAUUUGAGUAGUUCCUGCAUUUCAGUGCUUUCCUGCAAGGGGCCAUCUUCUCCAACAAUCAAGAAUAUCAUAAGCAAAGCCAAAGCAGGAUCAGAGUCUAAGGACGAGGAAAAUGAUUAAAAAAUGGACACCAAAUGUACUUCUGUUUCUCAGCUGCCCAGGAAAAUGUGGUGCGUUGAUGACUUUGAAAUUGGGCGGCCACUUGGGAAAGGUAGAUUUGGAGCCGUUUAUUUGGCUCGUGAACAAAAUACCCACUUCAUCCUAGCCCUAAAAGUCAUCUUCAAGUCUGCCCUCGAGAAAUCACAACUGGAGCACCAGCUCCGAAGAGAAAUAGAAAUUCUGAGUCAUCUCAGGCAUCCAAAUAUUUUGAGAUUUUAUAACUACUUUCAUGACAGAACACGGAUCUACUUGAUGUUGGAAUAUGCUACAGGAGGGGACCUGUACAAAGAGUUGCAAAAACAUGAGCAUUUUGAAGAGACUAGAACUGCCACGUAUGUAGAAGAAAUAUCUGAUGCUCUGAUAUACUGCCAUGCUCAGAAAGUGAUCCACCGAGAUAUCAAGCCUGAAAACCUCCUGCUAGGACUUAAAGGGGAACUGAAGUUAGCAGACUUUGGCUGGUCCGUGCAUGCUCCGUCACUCAGGAGGACAACAUUUUGUGGCACGACAGAUUACCUUGCCCCAGAAAUGAUUGAUGGGAGAACCCAUGAUGAAAAUGUUGAUGUUUGGUGUGUUGGUGUUCUGUGUUUUGAAUGUCUUGUGGGGUAUGCGCCAUUUGAAACACCCACCCGCAAUGAAACAUAUAAAAGAAUUGCAGAGGUUAAAUUCACAUUUCCCACAUGGGUGCCUGAUGGUGCCAAGGACCUUAUUUCAAAAACACUUAAGCGCAUUCCUUCUUUGAGGCUCUCUCUCAAAGAAAUAAUAAAACAUCCCUGGGUUAAGAAGAACUCAAGGAGGAUUUUCCCACCAGUUUAUAAAGCAGCUGAACAAUAAACUUGUGCUUCCACGAGAAGACACUCUCACUCUGGAAUAUUGACUACGUGUGCUUUUUUGAGAUGGCUGGAUUUUUUUUUUUAAUUGUUAGGAUUCAGUUUAUCAGAAUGAAGAGGAGUGGGAAGUAU